AUGGCAGAAGCUGUGGCAGGUAACAAGGACAUAUUCGAGUGUCCUAUUUGCUUGGAUCUUCUGAAGGAUCCUGUGACUCUUACCUGUGGACACAGUUACUGUUUGCGCUGUAUUGAAGACUGCUGGGAUAAGGGAGAUGGCAGGGGCGUUUACGGCUGCCCCAAAUGCAGACAGACUUUCACCCCAAGACCCGACUUAAAGAAGAAUAUUAUUAUUGCUGAGCUUGUGGAUCAAAUGAGGAAGAGCAGAAGACAAACUGCAGCUGCUGUUGAAUGUGUUGCUGGACCUGGAGAUGUGGCCUGUGACGUCUGCAGUGGUAGAAAACUCAAAGCUGUCAAGUCCUGUCUGGAGUGUUUGGUAUCGUACUGUGACACGCAUUUGAAAGUCCAUAAUGAACUUAAUCCAGGUAGAAAUCAUACCAUGGUCCAUGCCACUGGCCAGCUACAGGAGAGGAUCUGUCCCCGUCAUAAUAAGGUUUUUGAAAUAUUCUGCCGCACCGACCAGAGUUGCAUCUGCUAUCUGUGUAUGGUGGACGAUCAUAAAGGCCACGACACAAUCGCAGCCACGGCAGAGUGGAGUCAUAAAAAGGAGGGGUUGGGGAAGAGCCAGACGAGAUGCGACCAGAUAAUCCAGUCGAAGGAGAAGGAGCUGCAGGAGCUGAGGAAGGCUGUGGAGACUCUCAAGUCUGGUGCACAGACAGCAGUGGAGGAGAGUCAGAGGAUGUUUACUGAGAUGAUCCGCUCCAUUGAGCGAAGGUGCUCUGAGGUGACAGAGCUGAUCAGAGCUCAGGAGAAGGCUGAGGUGAGUCGAGCUGAAGGACUCCUGAAGCGACUGGAGCAGGAGAUUGCUGAGCUGAAGAGGACAGAUGCUGAGAUGAAGCAGCUUUCACUGACACAGGAUCCCAUCCAUUUCCUCAAGAACAUUGUGUCCAUCACUGGGAGGCCUUACAGCACAAUUUCAACCAGCGUGACCGUCAGCCAAGGCUUCUCCUUGGAGCCCCUGAAGAAAUCUGUGUCUGCACUAAAGAUGCAGCUGGAGAAGAAAAUGAAUUCAGUCUUCAAGCAGGAAAUAGUCAAGAUAUCUGCAGUGACCAGAGAGGACUUCUUAAAGUAUUCCUGCCACUUCACUCUGGAUCCAAACACAGCAAACAUAUACCUCCAUCUGUCUGAGGGGAACAGGAGGGUGGAGAUGAGACGUGAGGUCCAGUCAUAUCCUGAUCAUCCAGACAGAUUUGAUUAUUAUCAUCAGGUGCUGUGUAGAGAGGGUGUGUCUGCACGCUGCUACUGGGAGGUUGAGAGGAGUGGAGAUGUUCGUAUAGCAGUGUCAUAUAAAAGCAUCAGCAGGAAAGGAGUGGGUAAUGAGUGUGUGUUUGGACGUAAUGAUCAGUCCUGGAGUCUGCUCCUCACCAGCUCCAGCUCCUCUUUCUGGCACAAUAAUGAAGUGACUGUACUCCCUCUAGUGGCCAGCUCCAGAAUAGGAGUGUAUGUGGAUCACAGGGCAGGAACUCUGGCCUUCUACAGCAUCUCUGGAGACACAAUGACCCUCCUGCACAGAGUCCACACCACAUUCACACACACACUCUACCCUGGGUUUUGGUUAGAUAGUGGAUCAUCAGUGAAGCUGUUGUGAGGCCCCUACAGGUAAAUGCUGCUCCUGUGGGUCAUUCAACACACACACACACACACACACACACACACACACACACACACACACACACACACAC